AUGAAAAAGCUAAGUCUUUUAUUAUUGGCACUCAUUUAUGUCAAUGCCAUUGAUCCAAGUAUGGUUUAAUUAGGGGUAUAGAAGUUAGAUGAAUUGAAUUAAAGCAAUUUGGGGAAAAUGAUUUUAGAAUUGGCAUAAACUCAUGCAGAAAUGAGGGGACCCUUGGGUAAUGUUCUUUAAUUGUAUUAGGAAAUUAGAUGAUUUAGUGACAGCCAUCGGUGAUUUGGAAAAUGAAUUAACUGCUGAAUUACAAUAAUUAGAUGAUGAUUACACAAGAUCAACCAAUUAACAUGCUGCUACACAAGAGAACUUAGAUAUUCAAAUCGGACAAACAGAAAUUAAUAUCUUUAAUCAAAAAGACUUUAUUGAUGCUAUUCUUUUACCAAGCAUUGAUCAAACAAAUUAAAAGAUUGAUAGAUUGAAUGGAUACAUAAAUGACAAUAGAGAUAAUCUAUCAAAAGAAACAGUAAAUAGAUAAAAACAACAUCAACAAUUUUUAGAUAGAGGUAACAAUAUAUCCUAAUUUUCAAAGUAAGUGAACAUCAAAGUGCAAUAAGUGCAGUUGAUGAAGCUAUUUAAUUGAUUAAUGCCCUCAUAAAUGGAAACAUUUCAUUUGCUGAAAAGGGAACUAUAAAUCAAGCUAUUGAAAGAAUCAAUACUAAAACACAAAAGACUAACACAGUUCAUCCUAUAGUUGAGGCACUCAUGUCAUUAACUUAAAAUUUUUCAGAUCAAGAAUAGGCUAAAAAAAUCAGAGACUUAUUGUCAGAUACAAGAAACCAAUUGGUAGCAAGCUUAAACUAAGAAACAGCCGAUGAGAAUUAGAUUGAGUAGACUUGGGUUGAAAGAUAAAAAACUUUAAAUACAGAAUAUUAAGAAUUCAAAAGAUCUGUAUUGGAAGCUACUUACGUUUUAGCUACUUAUUAGAGUAAUCAAUUAUUUAAUUUAGGUAAAUUAAAAUCAACAAGAGAAGCAUUGGCUGAGAAUGAGAAUGACCUCCAAAGUUAUAAAGAUUCUUUAUGUAAAUAAUAUUGAGAUAACUUUAUUUAGAAUAAGACAAAGAUGCUUAGGCUUAAGAAACCCAAAUUUAUAAUGAAUUAAAGAGCCAAUACUAAAUAUAAUUGCAAACAACUAGAAAUGCCAAAGAAUUUGUAAACUCUGCUGAGUUCAGUAGUGUUAUAAGACAAAAGUUAAACUAAGGCGGAUUAAUCUGAUAUAAAUAUGCAUUUAAUAUCAUUAUUUUAAUAUUAAACACGG